AUGUUGGAUUCUCCCACAUCUUCCUCCUCAUCCUCAUCCUCGUCCCUCACAAAUGCUUUGCCCGAUGACACAAUCUAUACCAUCCAAAUGGCUACAAAAUCAUAUCUAUUAUCAGGUAAAUUAUUAUCUGUAGAUUCUCCCAAUAAAUUCACCGAAUAUUUCCAAUCACAUAAAGAUCAAACAAAAAUAUACGUUUUUGAUCGAUGUCAAGUAAGUUUUGAAUUGAUCAUCAAUUAUCUUAGAGGUUGUCCUCUUAUAAUAGAAAAUGAAACUCAAUUCUCCAUCGCAUUAGCUGACUCGAUGUAUUACGAUUUAUCCAAAUUAAGAUCCAUCUUGAAAAAUUUCCCCUUUUAUUUCCUCAAUGUAAGUAGUAGACAUUUCAAAAUAUCCAAAAACCUCAUCACCAAAUUCGGCGAUUAUGGUAAUUUCUUCAAAAUUGCAACUGAAACAACUUAUUGUUCAUUUGAACAAUAUUAUCUAUUAAACGAUACCACUUCUUCAUCACAAUCAUUAGAUGAUUCAAAUGAUAAUACUCUCUCUGUUUCAUAUCCACCGUUGAAACAUCCCUUAUAUUUGGAGAAAAAUCCUGAUACACUCGCCGAUUUGCUAACCAUUCUUCAAGAUUCCAACUUAAACAGCAUUAAAGAUCUUAGUGAAGCUAGAAGAAUUAAUCUUUUCAACGAUUGUAAAUUUUAUCGUUUAAAUAAUCUUUUACAAUUGAUUAUUAAUUUCAAAAUUAAUUACAAUCAUAUUACAAAAUUACAAGAAAUUAUUAUAAAUUUGAUAGACCUAGACUCAAGAUCUCUUUGGGUGAAUAACAUCCUCGAAGAUUCUCAAUUCAUCUCACCUUCUGCAUCUCCAAGUAUUCAAAAUAGAUUAAAAUAUAACAAUAACAGUGAUGAUGAAGAAUCUAAUGAUCAUCCAAAUAAGAAAAUAAAGAUUUGUAUUGAUAAGACAAAUGAUUCCUCUCAUACAGAAUGUUGGAAUAUUUGUAGAUACAAAAGACAACUCAUCGAUGACUAUCCAAGAGAUUUGAUUUUCCAAAUUAAUAACGAUUCUUUAAUUGAUUCAAAUACUCUAUUAAAUAUUGGUGAUUGUAAUAUGGUUUUAAAUAAAACAAAACAAUUGUUACAUAUAACUUUAACGGGUAAUCUUAUCAGAUGGUUUAAAAGAACUUUUACAAAAGUCCUCACUGCAAUGAAUUUAAAUAUAACUGAUUUUGAAAAAUAUUUACCAAUCUCUAAUAAAAAUUCCAAGGAUUUGGAUUCCAUUGGUAAUACGAAAUGUAUCAAACAUUUAAUCUUACCUGCAUGUAUUAGUAUCUGUGAUUUAAAAGUUAAUAAUCAAGCUUGUCCUAAUUUGAAAAAUGUAGUCAUGGAUAAAUCCUUUUCAGAUCAUGAUGAAUACGUCAUGGAUUUUUCAAAUUUAAACGAUUUGAAAAAGGCAAGAGGUAUGAAUUUAUAUUUGAAAAAAAGUUUAUGGAAAUUAGGUAUCCAAUAUAAAAAAUUAUUAUUGAUCGCUAUAAAGGCUGACGCCAUUUGUGGUAAUACAAAGGAAUCUAGUUUGAAUUCUAGUAUAGAUUUUCUUUAA